AGGAGGGAGCAGAGCAGACAUGUCGGAAACCUCCCACGAGGGGCCCCGUGUAAUUCGAUGCACGCUGUUAAAGCUUAGAGUAUAUUGUCUUCUCUUGCUUAUGAAGCCUCCACCCACUGGCCCACCCUACAUUUAGUGGAUCAUGUGACUCUGGUAAGUCAUUUGCAAGUACAACAGUUCUCUGUGAGCCCCCAUUCAUUUCCUGAGAACUACCCAGAGCAGCUGAGAGGAGAGGAGCAGAGGGGAGGGAGUCUCAGAGAGCGAGCGAGGAGAGGAAGACAGAGAGAGAGCGGACUGUAUAAGGAAAACAGUUUCUGCCGCUCUGCAGCUCCUGAUCAGACGCCAUCAAUAACAGGAUGUUAAUGCUUGACGGAAUGCCAGCAGUCCGAGUCAAAGCAGAGCCUCUGGAAUCUGAGAGAGGGUCCCCUAAAGUGCACAACUACCCUGAUAUGGAGGCGGUGCCCCUUCUCCUUAGCAAAGUGAAGGCAGAGCCACCGGAGGACCUGCUCUCUUCUGAGCACUUUCACACUCAGACAGAACCCGUGGACCUAUCGAUCAACAAGACUCGGUCCUCACCUCCUUCCUCCACUGCCUCGCCUAUCACUUCGGCCUUCUGUCCGUCCUCCUCUUCAUCUUCAUCAUCAUCCUCGCCUUCUGUCAUCGCCUCCAUCUCUUCAGGAAAGCCCUCGGUGUUGACUCCUGGGCCGCUUGUGGGCUCUCCCUCGGGGGUCCGAGGCCAGUCAUAUUUACACAUCAUCCACCCAGUGCCGCCUUCCAGCCCCAGCAAACUGGCCAGACAGGUGCAGCGCAUCCCGGUGGUGGUGCAGUCACUGCCGCUAAUGUACACUACAGCGGUGCGCUCACCCUCCAACCAUAUCAACUCCACCAUCAUGGUCCCUCUGCUGGACGAGGCCAAAAGCCAGGGCAAAGCAGCACAAUCAGACAUAAACGGCUUGUCACCAAGACAAAUCAGAAGUGACAGUGAUGAUGACGACCUGCCAAAUGUAACCUUGGACAGCGUCAAUGAAACAGGAUCCACCGCCCUGUCUAUAGCACGAGCAGUGCAGGAUUCCAUGUCACCGUUCAGUAUUGAGAGCAUGAGACGGCCACGGCGGUCCGAGUCUCCAGACUCUAAGAAGAGGCGCAUUCACAGAUGUGACUUUGACGGCUGCAGUAAGGUUUACACUAAGAGCUCCCACCUAAAAGCACAUCGGAGAACACACACAGGUGAGAAGCCAUACAAGUGUACCUGGGAUGGCUGUACAUGGAAGUUUGCUCGCUCAGAUGAGUUGACGCGGCAUUAUCGGAAACAUACAGGAGUGAAGCCUUUCAAGUGUGUGGACUGUGAUCGCAGCUUCUCACGCUCGGACCACCUGGCCCUGCACCGGCGCAGACACAUGCUGGUCUGAGUGAAGGCCACCUCACACACCCUCUCUCUCCCACACACACGUGCGCAUGCAUGCCGGGGGAGCUGGGUCUCUCCUUGCACUUGUUCAGCUGGGCUGGACACAGUCAUGGCCAUCCCAGGCCCUGGUGAAAAGUGAGAGAGAGGAGGUUUGAAGGAUGCAUGAUGGACAGAAUGUGUUGAUAGAGCUGAACAGGGUCUGCCUCAAGGAUGGAGCAAAGCUGCUCUACAGAUCUGGGCUCAUCUUGAAGUUUCAGGACAUCUUGAACUGGAGCACUUGUCCAGAUCCUGGUUGUUAGUUCUUACGUGAGAGUUCUUCUGUCUGCAGUUUUUUUUUUUUUUUUUUAAUUUAGCAUCCUUAUUUUGUUCUCAUUUAAAAUGUCUGCUUCCCUUUUGCCAUCAACAAUGUGAAGAACUGCAGUAUUGAAUGGCUUCCUCUUUGGAGAUCUGGAGCUUGAUAUUGUAGACACAGCCAGGUUCCUACAGGAACAACAUUUUCAUAAAUCUCAAUUUCCUCCAAAGCCAGCACACCUGAUUAUGAGGAGUCAUUUCUUUGGCAACAGAGAAGAGACCCUGAGUCAGCGAUUCCUGAGGUGAGGUGGCUGGAGAUUUUUCAUAUAACGCAAGUCCGUAAAUCAUCGAAUGAGAUUAUACACACAGCAGGUGACACAUCAUGGGAAUCAUGCAGUUUAUAUAUUAUGUUUUGUUUUCCCCUGAUGUUGGUUUUCUCACACUAAAACUGUUUUCUGCAGCACAGGCACUGAAGUAUAUGGGGUACAUUUGGCUUUAAGAACUCUCAGCUGGCAUUUUGCUGUGCUUUAUGGUGACAAACAGGGAUAUAAAACAGCGCAUUCAGUUCUGUGAUUAGCCAGUGAGUACGAUUGUACUCUGUUCAUAUGAUUUUAUGUUUGAAUUAUUUUCCCUGCUUAAGCCUUUUCCUAUUCCUGCUGUGUCACAGCUUUGAAUAGGAUGGGCCCUGAAAUAAACUAAUAGAGUAGAGCACUAUGUUCAUCACACACAACACUGACCUCCACCAUGUUUGACUGGCUGACACAAAGCUCAAUGCCCUCUUUGGCUUUGAGGAAAUUUGGGUGCAAAAAAACAAAACAAAAACGCAAAACACUUCUGCUAACAUGAGCCUUUGAUGGUGUGAUCCGUUUUUUGUACUCGAACGGACAAUACAAGCCAGGAGAGCAAUACACUCACUCUAGAGUGACGAGAGAGGGAGACGGCCUCAAGGCUCUCUCACUUACUCCAUCAACAGAGGGCUUUCAAAACAUGGACAAAUCGCUGACUUUCUACCAUUGCCACUUGUUUUUCUAUACUAGAGAAUCUUGUAUAUUUGUAAUGGAUUUGUAGCUGUAAUUUUUAAAAUAGCAAUAGCAUAUUGCUAUUUUAAUCUCACACCUAAAGGAUUUGAUUGCACUCAGAAGAAUCGAUUUUCUUUUUAAAGAGCCAUUAAAUGUGGCACUGCAGGUUUGCCCAAAAGAAGUUCAUUUAGUUCCCGUAAUCCCUUAUGAUACACACACACACACACACACACACACAUGCACACAGAUAAUGCAUGCAAUGGAUCUAGGGCAUUUAAUUGAACAUUUCUCAAGCGUAUUCUCAUCAUAUUUUAAAGUAUUUACAUUUUUAAAUUAAAAAAAAAUCAUUGAAUUACUUGACUCGCUUUUGUCACUCGGAAUCUGAAAUGUAGUUUUUUUGAUGUAUAGUGCACUACUUUGGUCAAGUUUUGUCUAGUGCACUAAACAGUAAGCUGUUUUACCUUCAUACUGACUCCCAAAUACAAAUAGGCCACUAGAGGGCGAUCAGCAAAUAAAAGUUCAGUAAAGAACACAUGAAACAUAAAAAAAAAAAAAAAAAAUCUUACAUGUUCAUAUUUGUGGCAGUGAUUUGUUCAUAAGUUUCGUGUCCAGUGAGAAGGUUAAGUCAAUAAGUCAUCCAUUCUGAGUUGCCAGAUGGUUUGCUCAUCUUUGGUGGCCUUAAGAUAAAUAUUAGAUGAUAUAUGAAAUGAUGUGGCAUACACAAAAUCUGUUUUAUUCAUCCCAAAUAAACGUCAUCGUAUACACAAUGUUAAAGCAUCCACUGUACGAUGGGAAUGUCAUCAGAUUGGUGUGAGAGUAGCACUUUCAAAUGGCCAGUAAAAGCCUCAGUGAUACAUACACACACAACAUGUACAAAUGCACACACACACACACUCGUGCACUGCUGUUGGAAUCUCCAUAUACAUAUUUUCAACUAACAAAUCAAAAUUGAAAUGCAGUUUUGUGAAAUGCUGUAAAAGGAAUGUGUCCAGUACAAAACUAACAUGACCAGCGUCACCUUGCUUUUUUGUGAUCUGAAGUAUUAUAAUCUAUUAUGUUUUUGUUUAUUUGUUUGUUUGUCUACACGUGUGUUUUCUGUGGUACAUGGGCUUGAGUGUAUCAUCAGCACCUUGUUUUUAUGAAGUAUGAAUAUGAAAUGAAUUAUUUUCAGUUAGACAUAACAUUAAUCACCAGUGUAUCUUAUCAUCUUAUACUGUAUUUUUGAGAAAUCUCCUCAAUGUGGGGCACUUCAUCUGCAUAUUGCUAUUUUAUGUAAAAAGAAAUCUUUUAAAAUGUUGUAAUAUAUGUGAAAGUGAAAGUUAUUACUCAGUUUUGAAGGCUGUAAAUACCUAUUGAGAAUAGGGCUUUUUAUUAUUAUUAUUAUUUUUUUUAAUACAAGGGAUUAACUUUAUACAACUACAAUAAAGAGAUGAUCAUUACCAGUUGGUACACAGUGUAUAAUGGGACUGUGUGGGAGAGUGUUUGAGGUUUUAUCAUCUUAAAUGCUCCUGUUCCUUAUGAUUAAUGUGUAGGGAUUAAACAAUCCAUCUAAAUGUACACAGUGCUGAGGAUCAGCUGCCUCUGUGCACAUUCAGCCAUUUCUAAUACUCUCUUAAAUGUUUUUAUAACAGUAAUAUUUCACAAAAUGUAAAAGGAAAAGAUAAAAACAACCCAGUCAAAUGAAUGUCCCUUUCCAAACAGUAUUCAAGAGCCAUCAGCAUUUUUCUCUUUGCUGUUUUUUCAUUUUUAUUUAUUUAUUUUUUUUGCUGUACUGAUAUCAGUUAAAUUUGUAUUUGGCAUCAUUUCUGCUCCUGUACAGUAAAAAUGUUUGCCUAUAAAGUGUAUUAACAAAUGUGCAUUCUCAAAUCAGUUUUAUAAAAUUUCAUCUUUGAAAAGAGAAUGAAAAAAAAAAAAACAUUAUUAUAAGGGAGCAUCCAUUUUUUUUUUUUUUUUAAAAAAGAAGUAUUACUUUCUGCUCUGGCAUUCUUACACUUUCUGUCGCAUAAUUUUGUAACGGCGAACAGGGUCAAAGUUAUGCAAUAAUGACGAGUGCCUAAUAUAUUAUACACGAAGCACAUGCAGAAAGGCAAAAGAUGCCAUAAGCACAAAAGUGCAUCCGGUACCAAUAAACCUGUACAAAAUACCCAACCUAAUGUACAGUACCAAGCCUGUUUGUAAUGCACUGAGCCUUACGGACCAUUUGAAGACAACAUUUUAAAUGAAAGCUGUGAACAUCCGCCCAUUAAUCACAUAGUGAGCAAUGCUGUAUGUGUCUCCUUGGGAGGAUUUGGAUGGAUAUACCUUACACUUACAAUAUCAACUUGACUGAAGGACACAGUUUCUCCAUUAUUAAGGUUGACUUUUACCUCUUUGAUAUUACGCAGACCAGAAUUUGAGUAUGAGGCAUCCUUACAGCUAAAUCUGGUGCCUACAGAGUGGACCUACAGCACAAAAAGACGAUGUCGCUUUGUAAUUCCUCUGUGAAUGCUCGUUUCUGAUUUGUAUUCAACUUAUUCUGUACAGUAUUGCCUCAGUUUCAAUAUCAACUUCAUUUCUUAAUCUAAAUAUUUACUUUAUUUUGUCUUUUUUUCUGAUAUUCUGUGAUUAUCGUUCUUGUAUUUAUGUAUAGUGUAUGUGUAUUGUAAAUAUAUAUUUCAGAGCUUUUCAUUUUGUGACAUUUUGCCCUGCUUUGCUUCAAAGGGAAUCCCUUCACACUGAAUCCUAUCACAGAAUGUCUUCAUUUCAGAUAAGAAGAAAAGUGUUUAUUCUUUAUUUUAAUUCUCCAGAAGGUGUCUAGAUAUUAUGUGCUUUUGGGUUUCUCUGUAGUUUCAUUUUAUUUGCUAAAGAUUGAGCUGUGAAUUUCAGUUGAGUUUUAACAUGAUACAUGUAUGAUAAUCUAAUCGGAGGCAUGGAAGUUAAUAAAGUUGCAUUUUGUAUGGAA